AUGGGUAUUGAUUUAGUAAAAGCCGGAAGAGUAAAGAAACCAGGUCGCAAGGCUUUGGUCAGUAAGAAUCCUUAUCUUCGCCUGUUGGUUAAGCUUUUCAAAUUCCUCGCAAGACGUACUGAUUUCCCCUUCAAUAAGAUUGUUCUAAAACGUCUAUUAAUGCCCAGACGCUAUAAAGCCCCUCUUUCUCUUUCUAAACUCAGUAAACAUAUGGAAAGUAGACCUAAUAACACAGCCGUUGUCAUUGGAACUGUUACAAGUACUGAAUCACUGGGGAUGAUUCCCUCUACAACCGUUACGCUAGUUUUAGUUACAUAUGCUAACUACUUAUAUUAUAACACUACUAAUACUAAUAUAUAUAAUAAUGAAUUAGAUGAUGAGAGAAUGGAUGUGGUGCCCAAAUUGAGUGUUUGUGCUCUAAGGGUUACUGAGACCGCAAGGAAGCGAAUUUUAGCAAGCGGCGGUGAGGUUUUAACCUUUGAUCAACUGGUUGCGAGGAGCCCAAUUGGCGGAAAGUGUACUCUUUUGAGAGGUGAAACUAAGGCCAGGGAAGCUGUAAAGCACUUUAGAAACGAAGUCAAAGGUAAUCCUAAACCCUACGUAAGAUCUAAGGGAAGAAAAUUCGAAAAGGCAAGAGGUCGUCGUCAUUCCAGAGCUUUCAAAGCUUAA